AUGGCAGCUGCAGCAAUUGGCAACAUCGUAACAAAUGUAGUGCUACUGCAAGCUCAGAUACAUUUUGGACAUCUCGCCGAACAGUUUGGGCUCAAAUUUCCUGUAUUGUCAACAGAGCAGAUGCACAACAAGGAUAUAUCUAUAGUAAAAAAUUUUGCGAAAACUUUGGGGAUGCUGCUGGGCUGUUUCUGUGGAAUGUUUCCAUUAGCCUUCAAAACUAGACUAACGCAAGAUGAGCUUGAAAGAAAAGAAAAAGCACAAGCUAUCCUA